CCACCCAAUGACAGAUCCUAAAGUAGAGGGCUGCAUUGACCUCCCCCCGGAUUCACCUCUAAUGCGAAGCCAUGUUUCGGUCUUUGAGACGCGUACAGCAGUUUAACUGCAACCUCCUGGCUUUAAAAAGAGUCAGAGUCAACUCGAAACUGCUAAUCUGCACGUCCAGAAUGGCCGCCUCAGAGUACAGGAUCGAGCGGGACUCUUUCGGUGAGUUAAAGGUCCCAGCUGACAAGUACUACGGAGCCCAGACUGUCAGAUCCACUAUGAACUUCAAAAUUGGGGGACCCAGUGAGAGAAUGCCGAUCCAAGUGAUCAAGGCCUUCGGUAUCCUGAAGAGAGCAGCGGCUGAGGUGAACAAGGAGUUUGGCCUGGACCCUAAAAUAGCAGAUGCAAUCAUCCAGGCUGCAGAUGAGGUGUCAGCUGGUAAACUGGAUGAUCAUUUCCCUCUGGUGGUGUGGCAGACUGGAUCAGGCACUCAGAGCAACAUGAACGUAAAUGAGGUGAUCAGCAACAGGGCUAUUGAGAUCCUGGGAGGAAAACUAGGCUCCAAGGAUCCCGUCCAUCCUAAUGACCACGUCAACAAGAGUCAGAGCUCCAAUGACACUUUCCCCACCGCCAUGCACAUUGCUGCAGCCACAGAGGUCCACCACGUCCUGCUGCCUGGCCUGCAGGCGCUGCACGAUGCUCUGGCUGCAAAGGCUGUAGAGUUCAAAGACAUCAUCAAGAUCGGACGCACACACACUCAGGAUGCUGUGCCGCUGUCCCUCGGGCAGGAGUUCAGUGGGUAUGUCCAGCAGAUGAAGUACAGCAUCGAGAGAGUCAAGUCUGCCAUGCCCCGAGUGUACGAGCUGGCAGCAGGAGGCACAGCAGUGGGGACUGGACUCAACACCCGCAUCGGCUUCGCUGAGAAAAUCGCCUCUACCGUUUCCUCUCUCACAGGCCUGCCUUUUAUCACCGCCCCCAACAAGUUUGAAGCUCUGGCGGCCCACGAUGCCAUGGUGGAGCUGAGUGGAGCUCUGAACACCGUGGCUGUCAGCCUGAUGAAGAUCGCCAACGACAUCCGAUUCCUGGGGUCAGGACCUCGCUCCGGCCUGGGAGAGCUCAUCUUACCAGAGAACGAACCAGGAAGCAGCAUCAUGCCGGGCAAAGUGAACCCCACCCAGUGUGAGGCCAUCACCAUGGUGGCAGCCCAGGUCAUGGGGAACAACGUGGCGGUCACCAUCGGAGGCAGCAACGGACACUUCGAGCUCAACGUCUUCAAGCCCAUGAUCAUCAAGAACGUGCUGAACUCAACCAGGCUUCUCGGAGAUGCAUCCGUGUCCUUCACCAACAACUGCGUGCUGGGCAUCGAGCCCAACAUCGAGAGGAUCAACAAGCUCAUGAACGAGUCCCUCAUGUUGGUCACCGCUCUCAACGAACACAUCGGGUACGACAAAGCGGCCACCAUCGCCAAGACGGCGCACAAGAAGGGCUCCACGCUGAAGGCCGUGGCCGUGGAGCUGGGCUAUCUGACCGAGGAGCAGUUUGACCAGUGGGUGAAGCCGAGUGAGAUGCUGGGGCCAAAGUGAACUGUGACAGCACAAGAAACACAAGACAAAUGAAAUACCUUUUCUAGUGUCGGAAAAGACUAUCUACAAAUAAAUCAGAGACUGAAAUGUAUGAAGCAACAUCUCUGAAUCCUGAACAUCUCGUCUUUAAAAAAAAAUAUGAGAAUGCUUUGCAGCUUCUUUCUUAAUGGUGAUGGUUGAUUUCACGGUCAUACACUUGUAACAGUAAAGCCACCGAUUUGAUUGACGCAUAUUUAAAGAGCUCCUUCACAAAAAAAACACCCGUGUGUGAGAGAACCUACCGUUUUGAUUUAAAUGAGUUGUGUGUACCAACAUUCUUGGUUCUGGUAUUUGAAGUCUUAAAUGAAUUUGACUUAUUAGUUGGUAUCUUCAUGGUUGUUCAGAAGUUCACACUUUGCCAUCCAAAAGGAUUCAACAGGGACUCUGGUUUACAGCACGUGUGCCAUUUUUGUUUUGUUCCAAUUUAAUGAUGUAUUCAUUAAAAAGCAACUAUUCUGCU